UUCCUCUUUCGUCUUCUCUCCAGAAAAAUUCUCAAGAAAAACCACUUACAAUCAUCAGUGGCUGAUUUUGGUAGAUUUCCCAUGGAGAAAGUGAUUGAGACACCUCUCAUCAACAAGCCUUCCAUCCAAUCAGAGAACUGUACUUCCGCUUACAGACUUCCACCACCUCAUCAUGCCUGGUCAAGGGAUAAGAAAUCCCAAAAUUCCGGCAAGCGCAAGCUCACACCGGAUCCCCUUAAAGUUCCUGAGGCAUUCAAGUACCAAGAAAGGUAUAAGAGCCCAACCGAUUUUAUGAUGUCCCCUGUUUCCAAGGGCGUCCUAGCCAGAAGAAGGAAGACAGGGGAACACUUACCACCAGCUAAAAAUCCUCCCAAGCUUCUGGGUCCCUGUUUUCUGGAUGCUGGUCACCCUCAAAUCUGAGUAUUCGCAUUGUCAAUAAGCAGAAUCAGAUGGAUUCGUGGUCUCUAUGAAUUUGUCUGGAUAAAUUGUUCUUUUUAUUUUUUUGGGUAAUUAAUCUGCCAGCCCAUGAAAUUCUGUAGAUGUUCUAGUUCUUGAACAUGUCUUCCAAGUAUCAAUGCUGUUGAGAAGUUUGCCUUUUCUUUUCUU